AUGAAGUUCUCCGCCGUCGCCCUCUUCGCCGCCGCCGCCUCGGCCACCGCCAUCUUCAAGGUGUCCGACUUCACUGCUGCCUGCAUCGCCCACUCGGCCCAAUGCAGCUACGAAUUCAACCUCGCCUCCACCAGCACUGGUGAGACCACCGGCGUGUCCUGCAGCGCCCAGGUUACCAGCGACGGCUCCCUUCCCGCCGUCACCGAUGGUACCUGCAAGGAGUCUUCGCGCACCUGGACCGUCACCAAGAACGACGACGGCAGCCUCGUCCUCACGGCCUCGCAGCAGGCCACCCCCAGCUCCUCCUCCACCGGCAGCCACACCAUCGCCGCCUCGGAGCUCGAGUUCCAGCAGACUGGUGCUAGCACCCAGCAGGUCUACACCGGUGCCGCUGCUUUCGUCCUUACCUCUUAA